UUCAACUCUCUUCUGAUUGAGUGCGCACAGCUUUGGACGUACCUUCUAACUUUGAGUCUGUACUUUCUUGAUCACAGAGUCAAUCAAAGGUGCGAAUGUAUCUGCCCCUCACACCGACCCAAGAUUCAAGAUCUCACGCAGGCUCUCGCUCUCGCUCACAUCAAAUGCAAAGCAAGUCAGAGGGACGGUCUCGUGUGUCGCGUGCGGACAUUCGAGUAAGCGGCUCGAAUCAGAACCAAAUCCAUUCGACUCGACUCGACGAGGGACGGAGCGACAAUGUCUCGAGCUGCUAAAGCUACUUUGCUAGGUUCGAUCGUUGUAUCGGGUUUGACUGUCUGGGGAGUACAUUAUAUGCAGGUUCGAGAAGCUCGGAACAUGCACAAAGGCGUCGAGAGAGAUACGGCGCGAUUAGCAGAGCGAGCGCUGCAGAGAGAGCGAGAAGCAGCAGCUUCCGCAUCAUCGUCUUCCACAUCAACAGGCUCCACACCCGGCGCACCAUCGCUAGCAUCAUCGAGCUCGGAAGAGGAAAAGACGAGACAAAGAGAAGCGAGGGCAUUGGACUUGGUACUGAACAGGGAAAGAGAAGCUAGAUUUCAACAGUUGCAACCUACGAAGGGAUGGGCUGGAGAGCAGGACCAACGGUAGCCCGUCCACUUGCACAAAUGUUGUCGCAUCAUACCACAAUCUCUUGUUUGCUCCUCCUGUUGCCUCCAAGGCUCUCUGGCUACCUCGUCGCUCUAAUCGAAGCAAUCCUCCCCC